GGCGGGACCAAGAGAGACUCGAGGCUUGUUUCCACAUCUGUACAAUGGUGUUGAGCAGAGUGACAGGUGCUGCCCCAGUGGGAGGAGACCCCACCUGCUUUGCUCCGGUGGGCAGCUUUGAUAGGAGGGAAUCCUCUGGACUCCAUUCAGUGUGUGGCAGCAUGUGCCACCCUGCAUCGUGCCAUCUUGUAUUGGAAAAGAACACAUUUUUCCUGUUUGGAUGUCUGACUACCCCUUCCUCAGAUGGCAAGACAAAGCUGAGAGUGUUCCUGGACAACCCACCCAGUGGUGUGGUGAGAGACAAUGUGCCCUGCAAUUGGCUAAACAAUGAUUUCCUGUGGAGGAUAUCAGCUUUUCAUAGUUUCCGCCUGCUUCUCCAUCAGUCUUCAGGCCAUUGGCCAGUGAGCAGCAAACCAGGUGCAGACAGCUGGGCUUGUUGAAAUGUUAGCUUCUCAGGAGGCUGGAAGACCUUGGCUCCUCACCUGUCCCCCACAAGGUAGGACCUGCCGUGGAGGAAGGAACCAGACCAGGUGUUGGCUAAGUUCGAGGUUUUAAGAAAGCCCGAGGGCCAGGAAGCAUCCCCAGGAGAAGCCCUUCCUGUGAGCCGCUGGAACCUUCUGGUCCUAGAGGUGAAGCUGAAACCUGCCCUGGACCUAUGACCCGUGGCUUUGCUCCCAGCCUGCCCAUCGAGUUCCACAAGAUGGGCUCCUUCCGCAGGCCCAGACCACGUUUCAUGAGCUCUCCGGUGCUUAGCGACCUGCCCCGAUUCCAGGCCGCCCGUCAGGCUCUACAGUUGAGCUCCAACUCAGCCUGGAACAGUGUCCAGACUGCUGUGAUCAACGUUUUCAAAGGGGGUGGCUUGCAAAGCAACGAGCUGUAUGCACUGAAUGAAAACAUCAGGCGGCUACUGAGGAGUGAACUCGGAUCCUUCAUUACAGACUACUUCCAGAACCAGCUUCUCGCAAAAGGCCUGUUCUUUGUGGAGGAGAAGAUCAAGAUGUGUGAAGGUGAAAAUCGCAUUGAGGUUCUGGCUGAAGUCUGGGACCACUUCUUCACUGAGACUCUCCCCACCCUGCAGGCCAUAUUUUAUCCAGUUCAGGGUCAGGAGCUGACCAUCCGCCAGAUCUCCCUACUGGGCUUCCGAGACCUGGUUCUGUUGAAGGUGAAGCUGGGUGACCUGCUGCUGCUGGCCCAGUCCAAGCUGCCCUCGUCCAUUGUCCAGAUGUUGCUCGUCCUGCAGAGCGUUCAUGAGCCCACGGGCCCCAGCGAGGGUUACUUGCAGCUGGAGGAGCUGGUGAAGCAGGUGGUUUCUCCCUUCCUCGGCAUCAGCGGGGACCGGGGCUUCUCAGGCCCCACACACACGCUGGCCAGGCGGCACUCCCGGGUCCGGCCCAAGGUGACUCUCCUGAACUAUGGCUCCCCGAUGACCACAGCCAGCCGGCCUCUGAAUGAGAUGGCCCUGACCCCACUAACGGAGCAGGAAGGCGAGGCCUACCUGGAGAAGUGUGGCAGCGUCCGGCGGCACACAGUGGCCAAUGCCCACUCGGACAUCCAGCUGCUGGCCAUGGCAACCAUGAUGCACUCGGGCUUAGGGGAGGAGGCUGGCAGUGAGGACAAGUGCCUGCUCCUGCCACCCAGCUUCCCCCCGCCACACCGGCAGUGCUCCAGUGAGCCCAACAUCACUGACAGCCCCGAUGGCCUGGAGGAGGUGGCAGGAGACAGCCAGGAGGACUCAGAGCUGAAUUGUGCAUCUCUCAGCUAAGCCACCACUGCCAAGACUUCCAGCUGCUGCUUUGCAACCUGGAUGAGGAUCAUCCCAUGGGCCACCAAGGGGUUCUACUGUGGGCCAGGCCUGGUCUAAAUGCCCUAGGGGGAAUCCCUUGAUACAGACCUCUUCAGGAUGGGCACUGUGACCAGCUCUUGAUAGCCACACAGACCCAACUGCCCGCUGUUCACUUCCAGAGCUCAGGCCUGGCCCCCCAGACUCACAGUCUCAUCUCUGGGCCUUUCGGAUCUCGAGCUACCUGAGGUGCCCAAGCAUACAUCCCACUGCUCCUGGCAUCGCUGUGGACCACACACCAAACCCUCAGGAAUGUGCUGCCCUUUGCAGCUCCCCCUAGGCUCCCUGUGAUGCAGGGGCUUAGGGGUGCAGAGGUGGUAGAGCGGCACCUGUACCCCCUCUCGUAUGUGGCUGAGAGGAAGCCCUGCCACGUGCCUUCCUUGCUGUAGCUUCUCAGAGUUCCUGGGAAAGUGCUGCCCCGCUGGUGCCCGGGAGUCUGUCCUCACCUGCAUCCAGAUCCUGUGUGCUGCUCACACAAAGGCCUUGGCUUCCGUCCCAGGAGGCCCCCAGGCGGCAGCAGUCCUGUCUUUCAUGAAGCCUCAGCAUUUUCCUCUUGGGCUUCCUCCCAAGCCCCAGGAAUUCACCUCUGCAGGAGGAGCUGCUGCCUUCACCCCUCUCUCAUUUCAGAAACGGAUCAAUUUCCCGUCAUGGGUGUUAAGGGUCUGGGCACCAACGGAAGAGUCUGUAUACCUGGAUUUGACUUGAAUUUUUAAAAUGUAUAAUGUUUCACAAAAUCCUUUGCAAGUAUUUGCACGUAGGAUCUUGCACUGUUCCUUUCCAAGGGCCAGGGGUUGGGAUGUUUCCUUCAAACCAAGCAACAAGCAGUCCCGAUGGGAAAGGAGACUGGAAGUGAUUCAGGACAAAAUGAUCUGUGGUGGGCAGGGCUCCUGUGUCACUGAGCUCUGGGAGCAGCGGGACUCGAAUCCAGAAUGGCCUGUGUGUGUGAGUGUUGUGGUUUCCAGGAAAAGCUGCACCAGGAAGGGGACUCAGUUUGCCUGAAGAGCAGAGAACCACGCCGAUGGAAUGUGCCAGUGCUUCAGCUAGGGCAUGUGGGCAGGACUUUCUGGAGGAAUGAUUAUUCCCUGUGAUGAAAGACAUGUCUGGAAUUUCAAACAUGUGAGGUCUCAAGAUGCUAUUUGGGGCAGCAGGCGUUGGUCCUGUGCUAUGUCCGCAACCUUGCUGCCUCUUGGUCUGCGGGUUUUUUAUUCACCUUGGAUUCCUGUCCUCUUCUUUGUAGUUGUUGGCCUCCCUUGACAACAGGAACCCCCCCCACACACACACACAAAGAGGGAAGGCUCCUCCUGGCCCUUUGGAAAGUUUGCUGGUGAAGUCUCCAGGUGAGAGCCUGUGACUUCUGGCAAGGCAGGCAGAGGCUCAGGUGAAGCUGUCCACGGAGGAAGCCCCCUAGGCUCAUCUAAACUCCGAUGGCAUUUCCCUGCUGGGUAAAGAUCUGAAAUAAGUCUAGCAUGGUGCUCUGGAUGGCUGCGACUUGGACAUUUUGCUUCAAAAUUGUUUUAUUUUCAUCCCUUUAAGGGAAUGAGAGAAGAAAAAAAAUCCAAAGGAGAUCAAAUGAGAAUUUUGAAUGGAAAAAUAAUAUCUGUGUAUUUGUCAAAUAAAAUCUACAAAUUGACUAAUGUGCAUUAGCAAGUGGAAAUUCAGUAGGUAAUGGCAUGAUUUAUUUAACUGAUGGCUUCUGUCCUUGCAAGUACACUCAGCCUGCACUUGAAUCUAGUAUUUAUUGAUCUAGGCAGAGUAAUCGAUCAUGCUUGGGUUUGCUUUUUUAGUUUACAAGGUUAAUGAUAUAUGGGUUUUAAAUGCCUUUUCCACAUCUGAGGAAGAGAGCAGUCAUCAGUGUAGUAUAUGAGCUCUCAGGCUGAGAACAGGAGUGUCAGCUGCUAGUGAGUGUUAGCCAGUGGAUGACUUUCCCUUUGUACACAGGUGGUAUUUGUUCAGUACAUAUUUCUGAUCGUACACAUAGAGCUUCUCUGGAUGUUUCUAGGUGUGUUAGCCAUCCAAUCUAUUGCAAGAGAGAUCGCUGUAGUGGUUUUUACCAGUUUUGCUGCCCUUUAUGAGAUGAAGAUUCAUGGUCAUCACUUAUGCUCUGUUUUCCUGUGUCUGAGAUUUAAUGACAGGAAGCCAUUGCAACUCUCAACUCUGAAUGGGCUCCCAAACAAAAAAUCUUUCAUGUUGUCUGUUUGCAAGAUGGAUUUAAUAAACAUCAAUUUGUACAGGUUACCCUGGUCUCACGCUGAGUGCCUCAAGUGUGUCGUGAUUGAGUUUGCAAGCGAGGCAGUCAAAUUAGAUCUUGAUGCGUCUUGGCCUCAGGCUCCCUACACCCACUUGCCUGCUACCUUGUUCCUUUUCC